AUGUUUAAACAGUUUCAGGCCUUAGUUGAGAGGCAAACUGGAAAGAAGCUAAAGAGCAUCCGAACUGAUAACGAGGGAGAGUAUUCUAGCCCUGUUGAUGAUUAUUGCAGACAUCAAGGUUAUGGUCUAGAUGAGUUUGGGUACAUAUUAUAUGAUCCAGUUGACAAGAAACUAAUGAGAAGUCGAGACGUUGUGUUUAUUGAAGAUCAAACAAUACAAGAUAUUGAAAAGACUGAUAGAGAAGUGUUUCAGUGCAAUGAUGGUUCAGUUAACUUGGAUCCAGUUUAUUUGACAGAUUUUCUAGUACAAGUUGAACACGUUGUUCAAGAUGACCAACAGAGUCCAAGUGAUGCAGAUGCACCCUUACAGAAUGAGACCCUUGAUCAGUUUCCAGAACCAGAGAUACCAACGAAUGUUCCACUCGGGAGGUCUAUUAGAGACCGACGACCUUCCACUCGGACUACAAGCUUUUUCAGUGCUUCACAGUGUAGUCUACCUCCUAGGUCCCACCCGGUUGUUGUCUUCAUUUACUCUCUCUUCCAUGCAAGCACUGUUAAUUUCCAAAUCACGAAAACUAUCCUUUUUAUAUUUGUCUAUGUUCUUGAGCUAAAUAGGGAAAGGCCAGUUUGCUGGGAUGGGAAGCAGUAUCACCGGGAAGAUGAUGAGUAUCUUGGCGAUCCACUCUUACCGGAAUCGUCGACAAAUGAUCAUGAAGCUGAGGAUGAUGGAAAAGCCAAAGACCUUGGGAUUGGGCCAAGGAUAUGGAUUGAAUCAAAGAAGCUUUGGUAUAUUGCUGGCCCUGCCAUCUUCAGCCGCGUCGUAAACUUCUCCAUGAGCGUCAUCACUCAAGCCUUUGCCGGUCACCUCGGCGAAGUUGAGCUCGCUGCCCUUUCCAUAGGCCUCAGCGUCAUCCUUGGCUUCAGUUUUGGAUUCUUGUUAGGGAUGGCGAGCGCGUUGGAGACACUGUGUGGUCAGGCUUUUGGGGCGAAGAGGUACCAUAUGCUAGGCAUAUACCUGCAAAGAUCAUGGAUUGUGCUCUUCCUCUCUUCCAUUUUGCUCUUGCCCAUUUACAUUUUUGCGGGUCCCAUUUUGAAACUCUUGGGACAGUCGGACGAGGUGGCGGAGGAGGCUGGUGUGGUGGCUCUUGGGCUGAUACCGUUGCAGCUAGGGCUUGUGUUCAUGUUUCCAAUGCAAAGGUUCUUGCAGUCACAACUCAAGCCGUUUGUGAUUGCUUGGGUUUCUUUUGCGGCUUUACUGGUUAAUCUGUUGACAACUUGGCUCUUCAUUUAUGUGUUGGAUUUUGGAAUUGUGGGUGCGGUUGUUGCUUUGGACAUCUCUUGGUGGGUUUCUGUUCUGGCGUUGUAUGGAUAUGUUACGUGCGGUGGAUGCCCUCUAAGUUGGACAGGAUUCUCUUUGCAAGCCUUUUCGGGUCUCUGGGAAUUCAUCAAACUCUCUGUGGCUUCUGGAGUUAUGCUCUGCUUGGAGAGCUGGUACUACACAAUAGUGGUCUUGAUGACUGGGUACUUGAAGAAUGCCACCAUUGCUGUGGAUGCCUUGUCAAUCUGCACAAACAUCAAUGGGUGGGAGAUGAUGAUCCAUUUGGGUUUCUUUGCCGGUGCUGGAGUAAGGGUGGCUAAUGAACUGGGAGCCGGUAAUGGCAAAGCAGCAAGAUUUGCAACUAUCGUGGCUGUCUCCUAUUCUGCUGCUAUUGGACUCUUUUUCUGCAUACUAAUCUUGAUACUCCAUGACAAAGUCGCAUACAUAUUCACGUCUAGUGCUGAAGUCCUCCAAGCAGUUGAUAAGAUGUCAUAUCUCUUAGGGAUCACAAUUCUACUUAACAGUGUUCAACCGGUUUUAUCAGGGGUGGCUGUUGGAUCGGGAUGGCAAGCAUUUGUUGCAUAUAUAAAUCUUGGGUGCUACUACAUUAUUGGACUUCCUCUUGGAUUUCUAAUGGGAUGGGCCUUUGACUUUGGUGUCAUGGGUAUUUGGGGAGGGAUGAUAUUUGGGACUGCCAUUCAAACUUUAAUAUUGGCCAUCAUAACAAUUCGAAGCGAUUGGAAGAAACAAGCAAAGGACGCUAGCAAGCAUGUAACUAAGUGGUCAAACCCUAAACCGGAACCGAAUGAUCAACAUGAUGUUCAACAUUAAUUAACAAAAUCGCUAAUGGUUUUGUGCAUGUUCCAUUUCUUAUUCAUCAACAUAUAUACAUUUUUCUAACGUUCGAUCGAGUUUCAUUUUUA